GCCGAAGAGUCGAUUCCGUGCGAGAAGCUUCGUGGAUGGGGUGACAUCUUCUUGCAGAAUCGUUUCUCCUCAUCCGUGCCGUCACCUGGCACUGGUCGUCUAUUGACCAUGAGGAGCCAGAGCAGGACGGAGGACUUUCACGCCAACAUCGAUUGCGGCAGGAUGAAAAAGGACUACAGUAAGGAUUUUACGCAGACCAUUGCAGCCGAAGAUGAAGAUCAUGCUUUCGCAAAUAAAGUAGCCGCGGAAAUGAACGAGCAUUUCGACGUUUGGAUGCAAAAGCAGAGAGAAGCGGCCAGCACUCCCUCGAGCUCGAGCACCAGUAGGCCGAUGGGUGGAGCGGGUAAAACUACGGAAAAUAUCAGAGUGCCAGCUCCUGCUGCACCGACGGCGCUCCAACCCGACGCACAGGAAGCAGUAGGCAAGCGACCUCCACUACUAGCACAGCAGGAUAUAAUGUCUACCAUCACGAUGGAGGACGGUAUUGCCGGUCUUAACCUGUCACCAGCCGAGGCGGCAGCGAAUCAAAAUUAUCCCCAGAACGUUAACAAGGAACAGUUUUGCUGCGAGGCACUGUUGCGGUGUUUUGACUGCGGGCUGUGGAAAUUUUUGUGCGUAAAGAUGAACGAUAAACGGCUGAAAACCUUGGCCGCCUACAAGGAGCAAGUACGAAGAGGGAAAGGAACAGCGGAAAAUAGUAGAGAUCACCGAGAUCAUCGUUGUGAGGCGGUAGGCGCGCAGAACUACUACGCUCGUCAUCGUCGAGAAGACCACGACCAGCACGAACCACGACUGAGGCGCGGGUCAACAAGCGUACUACCGUCUGAUGUGUCUACUUCACUUGCACAGGGACAGGAGACUUUUUAUCCGCUGAAUAGUGGCCGCCCUGCUGCUGCUGCUCCCCCAUCGCGACCAUGGUCCGCGCUGUCCUUCUCAGCACCAGCACCCGUAGGUGCAUUGGUGUCUCCGCGCCGAAGCCAUUUGUUCCAAAACGAGUCGGGCGCAGCUAGGAUGAGACGAAGCGAAGUGCUGGGUCCGGAACAGCAACAGGAUCCUCAUAGGACACGAAGUCUUGGUACUAAUUCGGUACUUGAUGAAGACCGGGACGACGACCACGACCAAGAACUCCAAUCCUUUCCGCCGAUGAAGCGCUUUGAAUUAAAAACUAUCAAUGGUGUCGUCAGCGCAUAUACCACGGCGGACGGAGAGCCGUUGGCCCCGUGGGUUAGCGGGCUGUUUUUCACGGAGAACGGGAAGGUUCUGAUCCAGCAAAGAGAGAACAAGCCACGACGAGAAAACAAUGCGGAGGCCGCUCGCGCCCUGAAGCAGAAGCUGCUGGGCGAUGAGACUGGACCUGGUGCAACUACCUCCACUGGGAGGGCCCACGAGGCGAAAACAUCAAACCAGUCUUCUUCAGAGAAGAGAAAAGAAGAAGACAAGCUUGAUUCGGGACAAAUCGAAUUAGAUUUAGAGUCCUCGCAGGCAAAAAGAGAAACUGCUUCAUAUUUCUCGUCCACCACGACCCCGACGGGUAACAAACAGGUUCUCAGACAACAGAAGUCCCUCCGCAGGCCGGACGUGCGGAGAACGGAUUUAUUUCUCUUUCAGGACGAGGACAUCAACACUGUUGCCGAGAAAAGCGGUGUCAACAUUUCAGCAAGGUACGCACCGGAGGACCAACAAAGAGCAGGCUUUUCUUCGCCUGAACCACUUCCUUCGAAAGAGAUUUUCGAAAAAACGGUACCAGCAACCUGCAGCUCAUCAUCGUCUGAUCUCUACAGGGGCGAUGGUCACAAGAAUAAACACCCACCUUCGCAUAUCACGCAGAAAAAAACUGGCAGGUCAUAUUUGUAAUGCAAAAAUAAAUAGACAAGAACUUGCAUCGCAUGCCCGAAAUAGCAUGCUACGAGGUCGCCCAUGACAGAUUUUUCCGUGUAUUUAUUUUUGCAUUACAAAUAUGCCCUGCCAGCUUUUUUCUGUGGGAUACCGCAACAAGAACAGGAAAAAGAAGCUGUCUUCGCUGGACUGGACGGCAUGCCGCGGAUCCGUUUUACCUUUGAUGACGCGUGUCUGCAGCAAAUGGCGGAAGCGGCUUCUUGUCGUGGGGGUGGGGCCGGUGGUCCUUCUUCUGUGAUGACGUCUUUAGAAGCGAGACGGAGCAUGAAAUUUCUCUUGCCGACGAAGCAGGACUUCUUGUCUAGUGAGAGUCGAAAUUCAAUAGAACCAGGACCUGCUAGUACUUCCGCGAAGCCGGAGGGGACAAGCACAGGCAGUUCAGUUUCGCUCCUCUCCGGACAUGCGACAUGCAACGACCAUGCCUUUGGCCGGAGUGUCGCGAAGAAGAUUUGCGGCAUGGGGCAGAUCGUUGGGACUACGGUGCGAAUGGACGAUGAUUUUUCUGCGAGCAUCCUGAAACUCAUGGAUGAGUGUCCGAGUGAGCAGGCCGACGAAGGCUGCUUCUCGUGUACGUAGUCUUCAACAGGGGCGGAGCGGCGAACGGUGCGGUUUGACCAUCACUUUGUAGUUCCUGUUGCAACGAUACUAAUGAUUUUUCAUCUAUAACAACGAAACAAGGGCUAGGCCGCGCCCGCAACUACUACAAGAAACAUGCUGGCGCGGUCACUUUACUAGCUGCUGAGCAGUCUACUUUUGGAGGUACAGAGAGUCUAUGGCCUGUGAUUUGUAGUACUUCUUUUUUCAACAUCCUUAACGUCUUCAUUUUGUACAGUUAUUUGUACAGCUUUGAUCAAAUCUGCCGCAGGUCAUGAGGGUGAUUCUGUGCAUGCGAUUACGAUUUGAUUCUUGCCGCAUAUACUUAGUCAAGAUUGUGCUUUGACCUUUUCAACCUGUAGUUCUUAGACAGUGGAUCUCUACUUUGUCUCGCCUCAGAAACGUUGAUGCGGGCAGUUGCAUGGCUGACCACUUUUUUUGGCUAUUAUAGGCCGCGUGAUCUUCGUAUGGAUUCGGCCACUGAUAUCUGCUUGGCGUAGAGGGAACAGUGGACGCCAAUGUCGACUUUUGUUGAUAUCAUUUUUGAAAAUAGAGUUUGUACUCAUGAUAUUCAAGGGGCGGCGCCACUGUCGAUAAAAUAUUGCCACACGACAGGCAACUUCCAUAGCUUGCAGUUGCAGCACGGAUUUUCUUCUAUAGGUUUUAGGGUUUUUACGUUGUGUGGUCCGAACACCGAAUGCUGUGAGCAGGUAAUUUUAUGCUAAAUGAACCAAUUGCAACUGCAAGUGCAACAUCGCACAAAAUGACUCGCAACUGUAUAGAAGAUGUAUCUCGAGCGCGACGCGCCAGUGACGAUCGCG